GGGCGGGGCUGUUGGAGGAGGAGGAGGCCUCUGCGCGUCUGUAGCAUCCACACUCCGAAAUACCCAAUGAGACGGUUUAAGCGCAUACAACUCACAGCUAUUGACUGCCAACACUUGGCCCAAAGCAGGGAAGGCUCGUUUUCUCUGACCCAGCCCUUAAGUCGAAGGUGGACAACUAGAGAUCUGAACUGGAGACUCUAUCCUAAACCAAAAGGAAACAGAGCACUAGGAUUUCAGAGACGAAUGACUGAUUACUUCCCAGUUAGUCAACGAUCAUGCACCAGUGACAUGGCCCAAAGUGGCUCAGCUGAUGACAAUAAUACUGCUGAUGAUGAAAUGGCCUUUGCUUGUGGUUUGCCUCAAGAACAUGAAAGGGAAUCUAAAGUAGCCCCUUUGGGAUCUGUUGUGACUUCUAGGAAGCGAUGUCUUUCCUUUGACCAGGAAGGAAGCCAAGCCACAGGAAGAAGCCCAUGUGGUGGUGUUGCUAAGAAAAACCUUAAGGACCAAUCCACAGAUCUUGGGGAAACAAAAUGGGAAAUGAAUUGUUUAUUCCAGGUCCCAGUGGACCCUGGAAAAAUUAAGCAAGAAGAUGGGGGAAAUGGCCCUGAACCUGAUGCUUAUUAUGGACUUCUUGGAAACUUGCCUUCUCAAGAACCCCAGAGCCACAUUUGUAGUCUCCCCACUGAAGUCCUGAGGCAUAUCUUUGGUUUUGUCCCUAUGGAAGAUCUCUAUAAGAACCUAAGCCUGGUGUGUCACCUUUGGAAGGAAAUUAUCAGUGAUCCACUGUUUAUUCCUUGGAAAAAGCUGUAUCAUCGUUACCUGAUGAAUGAGGCACAAGCUGUCAAUGAAGUGGAAAAUAUUCUUUUGAGCUAUGCUAUAUCAAAGGAGGACAACUUGUGUAUGCUGAAACUGAUACGAUACACAGUUGGUACCAAAUAUGUUCAGCAUGUUAAUCCUGAGGAGGCAAGGUAUUGCCUGAAGGAUCAUCCUCUCUUUCCUCAGGCAGAGGCAUGUCUUCGUCACAAGAUGCUUGAUUUGUACAGUGCUCCUGGGGGGAUCAGUGUGUGGGCCUUAAUAGCAACGAUCAUACUUCUCUCCAGCAGUAUGCGUGACAUUCAGAGGCUGUUAUCCUGUUUCAAGAGGCCUGCUUCCCCAGUGACCAUAUUAGACAUCACUGAGACCCUGUACUGUAUGGCGGUACUGCUGCAUGCCAUGAGAGAGAAAGGGAUUAAGAUUAGCAACAGGAUUCAUUACAACAUCUCCUGUUGCCUAUACCUUCAGGAGAAUUCGAGAUUUCAGACCAUAGGCAUCAAAGAAGAAGAAGCCUCCACUUGUUACGGGAAGAAAGUGACUAUUCAACUAACACAUGAACAGCAAAAGAUCCUGAACCACGAGAUCAAACCUCUCCAGGUGGUGAAAAUUAUGGCUUUUGCAGGCACUGGAAAGACCUCAACCUUGGUCAAGUAUGCUGAGAGGUGGUCUGACAGAAAAUUUCUCUAUGUGGCAUUCAACAAGAGUGUUGCAAAGCAGGCUGAAAACAUGUUCCCAAGCAAUGUUAUCUGCAAAACUUUUCACUCCAUGGCCUUCAGAGACAAAGGGAGGCUGUACCAGAUAGCGAAGAAACUGAAUCCUUUCAAGCUCACACCCUUCAUGGUCAACUCUGUCCUUUCAGAAGGGAAAGCAGGGUUCACAAGGGCCAAAUUAGUAUGCAAGACCUUAGAAAACUACUUUGCCUCUGCCGAUGAAGAUUUGAACAUUGAACAUGUGCCCCUGUGGUGGAAGAACAGUCAGGGACAAAAGGUCAUGGUAGACCACAAUGAAAAGCAGAAUGGUGCGUAUGAAGCAGCCAGACUUUGGGAGAACAUGAAAAAAUUGGAAGAAUGCAGAGAAGAGGCGUAUCACAUGACUCAUGAUGGUUAUUUGAAACUUUGGCAACUUAGCAAGCCUUCUUUUGGUGCUUAUGAUGCCAUCUUUGUGGAUGAGGCCCAGGACUGUACUCCAGCCAUCAUAGACAUAAUUCUAUCCCAGGCAUGUGGAAAAAUAUUUGUAGGGGACCCACACCAACAGAUCUACACCUUUCGGUAUGCUAUUAAUGCCCUUUUUGCAGUGCCACACACACAUCUCUUCUAUCUUACACAGAGUUUUAGGUUUGGUGCUGAAAUUGCUUAUGUGGGAGCUACCAUCUUGGAUGUUUGCAAGAAAGUCAGGAGGAAGACUUUGAUUGGGGGAAACCAAAAGAGUACCAUGAGAGGCAGUUCAGAAGGACAAGUUGCCUUGUUGUGCCGAACCAAUGCAAGUGUGUUUGACGAAGCAGUACGGGUGACAGAAGGGAAAGCUCCCUCAAGAAUAUAUUUGAUUGGGGGAACUAAAUCAUUUGGAUUGGACAGAUUCAUUGAUAUUUGGAUCCUUCUUCAGUCAGAUGAGGAGCAGAAGAAACAAAACCUUUCCAUCAAAGACAGAUUCAUCAGGAGGUGGAUUCACAAAGAUGGCUAUGGAGGCUUAAAAAGGUACGCUGUUGCUGCUGAAGACAAGGAACUGAUGGCAAAGAUUGCGGUCGUUGAAAAAUAUAAUGUCCGGAUCCCAGAACUGGUGAAAAGGAUUGAGAAGUGCCAUGUAAAUGAUGUAGAAUUUGCAGAAUAUGUUUUGGGCACUGUUCACAAAGCCAAAGGCUUAGAGUUUGACACAGUUCAGGUUUUGGAUGAUUUUGUAAAAGUUCCUUGUGGCAGACAUAUCCUUCCACAGAUUCCUCACUUCAGAAUUGAGUCGUUUCCUGAUGAGGAAUGGAAUUUGCUGUAUGUUGCAGUGACUCGUGCCAAGAAAUGCCUCAUCAUAACUAAGUCACUGGAAAACAUUUUAACUCUGGCUGGGGAAUACUACUUGCAAGCAGAGCUAACCAGAGAUGUCUUAAAAAGUGGAGAGGUACUUUGCUGUGUGAGGCAGUGCAAUAACAUUAUCCCUGCAGAGACUAUCCUGACCAUGAAGAAAUUUCCUAUCACUUAUACUGGCAGAAAGGAAGACAAAGGUGGCUACUUCUGCCAUGCUUGUUCAGAGCAGCGUAUUGGGGCCCUCACAUUCCUGACAGCCUCACCAGAGCUGAUAUUCUCUAUGGAGCAUACCUUUGAAGAACUGGAGCUGCCUAGACACGAAGCUCAGCUUUUCCUUGUCUUUUGAAAACCAAGGCAAAACUUCUCAUCAGUAUGGAACUCUUUGUCAUUAGUUUCCUGGAAAGAAGAAUGUAAGAGUUGGGGUGGGGGAAGACCAGCCUCCCACCACACCUGGAGUCUGUGAAUCCUUGAAUAAGCAACCUUAGUGGUUCCUGGAGUCCUCAGCUCCUGAACUUGGAGUUUUCUAGUGUUGGACUGUUUUCUGUUUUUAUACAUAGGCUCAGGGGUGUGUUUGAUUCUUUUCAACCAGUUCCAAGAUGUCUCCUGUCUGGUACCAUUUGCCUUCAUCCAGUGGCCAAAGCCCUUAUAAUAUGCUAUGAUUAAUUCAGGAUUUAUUCAUCCAUUUGUAGGACAGUUUCUGAAAACCUAUUCCUGUUGGUGAUUCUUAGAUUCAUUCAAAAGCAUUCCCACCUGAUAAAGAUAUCAGGUUUCUGGAUUCAUUUUGUUUACUUAUUAAAGCCUAAUAAUGUCUGUUGAUUUUGAGGGAUAUAGGCCUUCUGUGAUUACUCUACAUGAGGUUAAAUUUGUAUCCCAAACACCUGAUAAAAAGCAUAAUAGAAUCACAGGGCGGAGGCCCAGAUGAGAGCUUCUUGGGCCCUUUUAGCUCACUUGGCAUGUGUAACUGGCAGCCAUUUAAACAGGACAUGAGAUGGCAGUGAACUCAAUAGUGAGGAAUACUGCUGAAUGCAGAUGGAGGCUACCCUCCUUGUCUAGUGCCCUGUAUGCCAAGUACCCCUUGUAUAGGUACCCUUCCUGUUACAUCAAAGAAUGUUAAGAAUGUGCUCACAGGCAUUGAUAUUGACACUGGUUAAGGCUUUACCUGACCCAGCUGACGUGAAAUGGCUGCUUAUGCCAUCUUUAAACAAAUUUUUAAAAAAAUUAUAAUAAAUUACCUUUGAUAAAGGUAUGUCUGUUACAACUUAGGAAAUUAAAGUGGGUCUGGUCCUGGGCAUCAAAUCAAUUGGGCAUAUAAUACCCUGUCACCAUAGAAGUGUAUAGAGUAUGGGCUGGGUGUGCCAGCACACCCUGGGGGAGAAUCGGCCCUUCCCCUGCCCCUUAUCUGGAAUGCUCAGAGUUUGUUCUGGGAAAGGGCACAGGGACAUGCUCCCUAGCACACAUUUGGUACAUGCCCAUCAUCCACAAGCCCCACUCCUCUUAGAAAGGUGAGUUCUGAAAGUGGAAACUCCACCAUCUCCUGGCCUUGAUGAGCUAGGGAAUCUCAGCUGAGGCAACUCAGUAGAAUCAUAGCACCUCCAUGCCCUCAGCCCUGUCAUCCAAGCAUGAGAUCAGAGGAUAGACAGGAAAGAAGGGGUGAAGAGGUUAGAAAUGAUUCAGCCUGAUAUAUUUGCCCACCCCCUCAAACCAAAAUUAAAAUCAGCAACUUUAUCAAAUACACACUGACUCCAGGAAAUAAUGGAGCAAUAGUAAUCCAUCCCUCCUCCCAACUCCCCAGACUCUAUCAGGGAGAGCCCCCAGCCUAAGUGAAUUUUCUUACAUUGACCCAGAAUCGGAAGCAAAAGGUCUAAUUUAGCAUCUCAAAGGUUCAUCACCUUAAGUCGUCAUAGUAAUUCUUCAACAUCUAGUGAUCACUCCCAUUUGAGUAGAAGGGAUAUUAAGUCACUCAAUUAUUAUAUCUCAGACCCUACUUUUUAUGACUAGAGGGACAUUUUAACCUGGACAGGAUUUGCAUAGAACAAGGAUUUGGGUUUAUUGUCCAGCCAAAGUGACCAGACUGGCCAAAGAGUUCAUAGCAUUUCUCUGUGCUUUUGUCACUUUAAAGCUUCAGCCGGGCUCAGAGAGUUAGUGGGAUUCAUUUGCCCAUAUUUUAUCCCUAAUGAUUCUUAAUAAUGAACCUAGGGUCUCACCAAAAUUAGAUGUAAUGGAAGUGAGUGUUCUUAUCUAAGAUUGUCUAGGAUUUCAUUGGAUUAAAUUAGGGCAUAGAGCAGGGCUUUUAAAAUACAGGACAAUGGAAUUAAAUUUUGUAACCCUAACAACUGAAAGCAAAUUUGGUCAGGUUGAAUGGUUACUCCAAACAUAACAGUUUCUAAGCACUUGUUAAAUUGUCCACAUGUUCAGUUAGCAUAACCAACUAUUCUAACAUCUGCUAGAGCUCUCUGUCAAGAAAAAGAGAAAUGUAUGGUCUGCCGUGAUGAUUCAAUAAUAUUAAGCACCUACUUUGUGCAAAGCACUGUGCUAAUUUAGUGCUGGGAAUAUGAAGACAAAAAUAAUUCCUUAGCCUCUAGGUGCUUACAUUCAAGGAGGGAGAAGACUAAAUAUAUUUAGUACAAGAGAAAUUGAAAUAAGUAGUCAUAAAAUUUCAUCCUUCAAAAGGUGGAGAAGCAAUGAAAGGAACCAAAUAACAUCUCAAAAGAUGAAAUAGGUUAUACUUAAGCAGAUAAAAACACUUUAGUGAUGUGGAUGCUAUUGUUGACCUGCUAUAUGUGUACACUCAGCAAAGAUGAGGAUUUUAAAAAGCAAGAAGAAUAAUGAGGAAAAGGAUUUGUAAUAGAAUCAAAACAGCUCAUUUUUGAACUAAUCAAGUAAUUGACAAUGGAAAACAAGUCACAGGUGUGUAUUUUAAUAAUUUUAUAGAGAAAUUUAACCAACAUAAAUCUAUUUCCACAAGACCAAAAAAGCUGAGAAAGUGCCUUUGAAAGCAAACUAUUGUCAAGUGGAAGAUGAGAGGCAAAACUUUUGAAUAUAAACUUAUUUAUAAAUUCUCAUGGAGAAAGUUGAUAGAUAAGUAUAAGCAGUAUCAUCUCAUAAAGCAGAGAGAAUCAUUGGAAGAUAAAAGUUUUGCAGGCUAUCCUGCAAGUAAAGUCAUCCCAAGGACAUUUAAGUAUAAAAGCAAAAGAACAACAAAAUAAAAAUGAGACGCUUAUUAUAAUAAACUUUUCACCUCAAGGACAAUUGAAGCACUGCACUUUGACUCAAGCAUUACAGCUCUGUGCUAGGAAGAUAGAAAUGGGGGAAAGAAAACUUUCCAAAGAUGGGAAGAGCAGCCAGAUUGGGCCAAGUGCAUAUGAUCCAUACUAGAGGUUAAGAUAAUUGUGAGGGUUAUAAAAGAUUGAUAUAUAAGGUAUUUAAAGAACUGGAAGAUAGAAAAAGUCUGCAAAAACAAAAAAACCUCAGACCUUACCAAUAUCAGUAAUGCAAUCAGAAAAAUGCAACUAAAGAUACAUCAAAUACUGAUCAAUCUGCCCACUCUCAUGUAUACAAAAUUUUUAUGAGAAUCAUCUAUACAUAAAUCAAGGUUAUCUUUAAUGAAGGUAUUAGUAGAGAGCAGGCACUCUUUUUCAAGGUUCCAUAUAUGUAUUCAUAGCACUUUUUUUGUGAUAGCAACAAACUGGAAACAAAAGUAGGUGCCCAUAAUUUGGGGAAAUGAUUAAACAAAUUGUGGUUCAUGAAUGUAAAAGAAUAAAAAGCAAAAUGAAAAGUCUCUGUCUCCCUCUACACACCCCAACUCACCUUAAGAGAAAGGUAUCAAACUCCAGCCCAAAAAACUCCUGAGUGUGACCCGAACCAGAUUAAAAUGUAAUUUGGAAGUCUUUAACAAAAUUAAUAAAAAUACAACAAAGAUAAUGCUAA